AUGGGAAGCGAACCGAACCCUGGUACUCAGGCUGUCCCCACCCAAGGAUGGCCAACCGGAGCCACUUGGAGCCACUCGGAGCCACAAGGAGCCAAGCCACUUGGAGCCACUCGGAGGCCACCAAGGGAAGCCACUCGGAGCCACUGGAGCCACUCGCCAGCUGAGCACCCGGAGCCACCCGGAGCCAGCUCGGAGCUGGAGCACUUGGAGCCACCACCCGGAGGCCACCAGAGGCCACCCGGAGCACUAGGAGCCACCCGGAGCCCACUGGAGCCACCCGGAGCCCACUUGGAGCCACUCGGAGCCACUUGGAGCCGGAAGCACCGGAGCCAGCUCGGAGCCAUUGGAGCCACUCGAGGGGAGCCACCCGGAGCCACCUCGGAGCCACCGGAGCCCCCGGAGCCACCGGAGCCACUCGGAGGCCACUCGGCAGCCAAGGGAGCCACUCGGAGCCUAGGGAGCCACUUGGAGCCACUCGGAGCGGAGCCACCCGGGAGGCACAAGGGCACCCGGAGCCAUUGGAGCCACUCGGAGCAUUGGAGCCCCGCACCAAGGAGGCCACCCGGAGCCACUUGGAGCCACUCGGAGCCACUUGGAGCCACUCGGAGGCACCAAGGGAAGCCACCCGGAGCCACUAGGAGCCACCGCGCAGCACUGAGCCACCGGAGCCACCCGGAGCCAGGAGCACUUGGAGCACCCGGAGCCACCCGGAGGCCCACUCGGGAGGGCCACCCGGAGCCACUCGGAGCCACUUGGAAGCCACUCGAAGCACCCGGAGGUACUCGAGACCCAUUGAGCCACCAAAGGAGCCACCGCAAGCACUCGGAGCCACUUGGAGGGCCACCUUGGAGCCGAGCCACUUAG